AUGUCAAGUUCAAACAAGCCACUGUCUUCUUUACGGAGUUUUUCAUAUCAAAACUUUGUGAUUUUGCCAUUAUCUGCGGAUUUGUUUGGAAACCGUCGGAUUCCAUUAAGCCUGACGGCGCGUGCAUUUCUUAAGAAUGAGAUAAUGACCCGGAUUUGUGAUAAAAGCCGCGUAUUCGCAAUAUCGCACAGUACAACGCUAAAAGACUCAAUUCAUCGCAUUCAAAACCUGACCCUGUUGACAAUGGAUCUCAGCCCGGCGUGGCAGGAAAUAACGCAAUUUCAGAAUGCAGGCAUUGUCACAUCCGGGCAUUUAUAUGCGGGGGAUCAAGACAAUGCAUCCAUUCACAAAUUCUUGGAGAAGAUCCCAGUUGCGUUGCUGUUCGCAUGUCUGCAGGACGCCAGCGACCGCGGAUCCACCGAGCAGGUGAAGCAAGCGUGCAAUUGUAUCAAUCGUGUGCUUGGCACCAAGAGCAAUGACACGGACCUCUUUUUUCAGCCGGAUAUUAUGCCAUUUAUUUUGGCUGGACUAACACAUGUGGAAACGGAAGCACGAGCACUCGUGCUGAGCCAAUUUAUUGCGCAUUUAGGGCGGAACCCGUCACUGGAUCAGAUUGGUGUCGUCACACACUCGCAGGUUUUGACGCAAAUAUGCGAUAUGCUAGCGGAUGAAGACAUUGAGAUGGCUUCUAAGGCCUCAACGGUGCUGAAGAUGUUUUCACGAUUCACUGGCAGCAAACUCUAUCAAGCAGUCUUAGACUUGCUGAAGGCUAAGGUACAAAGCAGGGAAGUCGUCGAGAAUUCAAUCGAGUUCAUGCGUUACUUAGAAACAAUUGCGAUGAUUUGUGCUCAAGAUGACGAGCACAUGGAGUAUGGCAUAUCUGCGGGUUCCAUUGACCUGAUUUUGAGCUGCUUGAAGUCAAAUGAUCCAUUGUUUUUAAUGAAUGUCGUUGAUUUGGUCCCGGCAGUAUGCCAGACCAAAGUUGGUGUCGAAUAUAUUUUCAAGUCUGGAACAUUGAAAACUUUACUAGCGAUGAAAGAAGAUUCGUUUGUAGGAGGAAAUGCAGUCCGACUUGUGGGUGAAGUUACAGCUACAGCGGCGAAUUUGAAUAUCGAUUCAAGGUAUUGGGGUGAUGUCGCACUUUCAAAGGCCUUGUUAGAAGCAGUUGAAAGUAAAAUACAGAGUGCCGAUUCGUUGCAGCAGGUUGCAGCCAUGGACGCAUUGGCUGCGUUUGCAUCAUCGUCUGAGAAAGAACUUGAAUUUUUGCUCCAGCACCGAAGCAUCUGUCAUCUAUGGCUUCGGCUAGGUAACAGUGCCACGAUGCCUGUCAAAGCCAGCUGUUAUCAUUCACUGGCACAUGUGCUCGAAAAGUUUACGCGACUCUUUAAAGAGCCCGAUCAAGUCCCCGAAGAGAACGCUUACGUUUGGACUAUGUGUGAGCAACUGUAUAAUAGCCUUGGCGUGGAGUGCGGGCAGCAGAACACGAUGAUUUUGCUAAUGAAGUCACUUAAGCAGCCGUUCGAAGAGCUGCGAACAUCUGUCUUUCGCGUCCUCCGCUCAGUGGUGGCACAGAAUAAUCCAUGGGGUAUACAUGCGCUGCAUUCGUACGGCGGCUUCUUCGAAUUUCUUAUGGAUCGCACCACUGAGCCGACCAAAGAGACGCGCGAGUGGAAAUUUUCCGUGCUCGAUGCUGUUCUGGCCUCACCUUAUAAAUCGCUGUUGGAUCCAUCGCUGUUGGAAAAACUGCAGAUGAGUUUUUGUCACGGUCCCUAUGUUGGAACGGCAGCUUUAGCUGAGCUGAAUCUCGAGUCUGCGUAA